CAACCGCUCGGUUAAACUUUGAAAGGAAAAGCUCAAAAGCUUGAUCUUCAAUGAGACAAAUUUAUUGCGCUAACUUUUUCACUCUCCCUGCUAUGGCGUAGAGUUCAAGUUAUUCUUCGUCCAUCUCUCUCUUGAUUGAAGUGGAUCAAAGCUUACUCCUUUUCCUCACUCUCUCUCUCUCUCACAGAGACGGACAAACACAAGACACAGGAAUUCGUACAGAAAUGCGGUGUGGAUCUGAAGCGGCAUUGGCUUUGUUUCUUAUGCUUUGGUUUUUCUAAACAAAGGCGGCAUUUUGAGUGCUUGAGUGUGUUGGGAACUUGACUAAUCACCUUGAUUAUGGUCUAAAAAGGGGCCCCUCAACAGUACUAAGAUUUAUUGGAAGUCUACGAGGCCCUGGACAAGUCAGAAGCUGCUUUGAUUUUUCAAAAUGAUUGUGACAUUCAACGAUGAGUUUUUUGGCAUACCUUAUUGCAUAUUUUCCAAUUCCAACUGCCUUGCUGAUGGCUAUUGAUCAGUCAUUAAACCUGAGUGCUUGAAGCUCAGUUUCAACCUCAAAGUACUGGUAAAAGAGAGUUCAUGAAACAUGAAGAAAUGUUUCAGAGGUCUCAUUAUUCUAACAUCCUUCUUUGCCAUCUUUACAUUCCUGCUGUUGAGAUAUGUCAUUGUGAAAAACCCAUUAGUAGAAAUUUCGUUUCCGAGCCCUUACCAUCGAAAUAACUCUGAACAUCUUUAUUGGAUGACUGGUGGAGGAAAUGUGCUGGUUUCUCAGAAUCCAAAGAAUGAAUCCGAAGUAGUCUCAACUGGUUCCUUAAUGUCACAACUUUCCAUACCACAUAAUCUUUCAAAUGAAGAAGAGGUUUCUCUGCAGACAUGGAAACAUAUGGCACACUUGGUCAAUCAGUCUAAAGGCUUACCUCAGGCAGUUGAGGCUGUCAAGGAAGCUGUUACUGCAUGGGAAGAUCUCAGGGGAUCAAUUGAAGAUGAAAAAUUAGAAAGGUCAGGUAAUAGAAGUAAAAGCAAAGGGCGGAAAGAGCAGCAGUGUCCCUAUUUUAUUAUAAGGAUGAAUGUUUCAGAAAUUUCAAAUAGUGAUUUCAGGCUAAGGAUUCCUUGCGGACUGGUUCAGGGGUCUUCCCUGACUAUCAUUGGCACGCCUGAUGGAAUUCUAGGAAAUUUCAAGAUUGAUCUGUUGGGAACGGCUAUACCAGGUGAACAAGAUCCUCCCAUAAUCCUGCAUUACAAUGUCCGGCUUCAUGGUGAUAAAAUCACAGAGGAUCCAGUAAUUGUUCAAAAUACUUGGACUUCAGCUCAUGAUUGGGGUCUGGAGGAGCGUUGCCCUUUUCCAGAUACUGAAAAUAACCAAAAAGUGGAUGAUUUACAUCAAUGCAGUAAAGCUGUGGGUGAAGAUGAUGAGCACAUCUUUGCAUCAAAAAUAUCUUCUAAUUCUUCAGCAGUGAACCCUUCUAAAAAGAAAGUUGUUAAACCUAGAAGAUAUUUUCCCUUUAAGCAAGGGUAUCUUGCUGUCUCUACCCUGAGAAUAGGGGCUGAAGGGAUCCAGAUGAGUGUUAAUGGGAAGCAUAUAACUUCUUUUGCUUUUCGUGAGACAUUGGAGCCAUGGCUUGUUAAUGAAGCAAGGAUUUCAGGUGACAUUAAACUGCUCUCUAUCCUUGCAAGUGGUUUGCCAACUUCUGAGGAUUUUGAGCAUGUUGCUGACUUGGAGUCUCUCAAGUCUGUUAUUUUGCCGAUUCAUAAAGGCAUAGAUCUCUUCAUUGGUGUAUUUUCCACUGCAAAUAAUUUCAUGCGGAGAAUGGCUGUUAGGAGAACUUGGAUGCAAUAUGAUGCUGUGCGAUCUAGAGCUGUUGCUGUACGUUUUUUUGUUGGUCUGCAUAAAAACCAACUGGUGAAUGAGCAACUAUGGAAUGAAGCGCGCACUUAUGGAGACAUUCAGUUGAUGCCUUUUGUUGAUUAUUACAGCUUGAUUACAUUAAAAACUGUAGCCAUAUGCCUUUACGGGAUAAAUAUUGUAUCAGCCAAGUAUGUUAUGAAGACAGAUGAUGAUGCUUUUGUCCGCAUCGAUGAAGUGCUUUCUUCUUUGAAUAGUACGAAUGUCACUCGCGGGCUGUUAUAUGGUAAGAUCAACAACGAUGAUCAACCUAAUAGAGACCCCGACAGCAAGUGGUAUAUAAGCCCCGAGGAAUGGCCUGGUCAAACUUAUCCUCCAUGGGCUCAUGGACCGGGCUAUGUGGUGUCCAGAGACAUAGCAAAAGCUGUCUACAAGCAACAUAAGAAAGGUAGAUUAAAGAUGUUCAAAUUAGAAGAUGUGGCAAUGGGCAUAUGGACAAAUAAUAUGAAGAAAAGAGGGAUGGAUAUUAAAUAUGUCAAUGAUGGCAGGAUUCUGAUUGAAGGGUGUGAGACUGGGUAUGUUGUUGCCCAUUACCAGCAGCCAAGAGAAAUGCUGUGCCUCUGGCAGAAGCUCCAGGAGACGAACCGGGCGAGUUGCUGUGGCGAAUAAUGAAAUCAGCAAGUAGAACUCACUUAACCGUUUUCGACACGUACGGGCUUCAUUGCUGCAAACUGAUGCCGGAUAUUCUGACCAAAUACGAAGAAUCGAUGAAAUUGAUGACAGUGAACCGAUUGGACUAACCAGUACUCCUUUUUGUUUUCCCAUUUGUUGGCUAUCGUUAGGAUUUUAGAAUUAGAUGUGUUAUGGAGUGUUCAUGCCAAGAGGCUUGUGUUUACUGGUAUAUGAUGGUUAGGCUUAAGAGUGUACAGAAGCAACCCUAUUGUAAAUAUGGUUUAUCAGAAGAAAUGUUAUGAUGUUAUGUGAAAUUUGAUUGCUUUUCCUUUUUUUUUUUUUAUCUGAAAAAUUUUCUGUGAAGUUUUGUAAAUCAAAUUCUAAAGAUG